CACUCAUGCUCGCGAACAUAAAGAAAAAGAUUUUAUUCAAGGCAUGUAUUGUGUUAUUUUAUGUGUACAUAUGUGCAUGGGAGCAGAAUGUACUGGUAAUAUUGAUAUUAGCGUUGAGGUAUGUAAUCAAAGCUCAUAUAUCCACUUUGACCCAACUGCUAACUGCAAACAUUGGUCUCGAGCUAGAAACCACUGAACAGAAUACAGACGUUCUACCACGAACUAAUAUCCUAUAUACGUCCGUGGUUCUACUUCUUGCAAAGUUAAUUGCUAAUUUUCUCUUACUCAACAAUAAAUUAUUUACUUCUUUCUCGGCGAAUCGAUGCUUUUCAAUUGCUGUGUCCUACCUCGUACGACCCACAGUUGGAGCAACUGGGACUCGAGGGAAGAAAUGUCUUUGGCUAAGUCACAUCGAUGAAAUGUAUAGCAAAUAAUAGGUAUACUAUAAACAUGAGCGCUUCUCGCAGCUACAUCACGGAGUUACAUUCAUAUAACCCCGGGGCUACAUUUCCUCAUGUUUUGUCGUGAAGCCCGAGUUCGGUGUACGGCGAGACAUUAGAUUGUUUACAAGAUGGCGGCGGGCAGGCGUUGACAAGUUGUCAAGAGACGCGAAACAUUCAACGACUAAAGGCACAGCACUCUGCAAGCUCUGACAUUUAGCAUGGGUAAGAAGCUUCUUCCGUUGUUCUGAGCAACUGCUGGCACUGGUUUCAUCCUCAGUCAGUGCAUGUUUCUUUUGUGGUAAGAAUCUGGAUGUCAUAGCUGGCACAAGGCCUUUCCCUAAAUGACUAGAAAGACAGAACAAUGUUGACAGUGGAUAGGUGACCUUUGCAUUCUAAUUUUAUGACUGGAUGCCAUGGAGAUGAGUAAAGAUGAAGAUCCUCAAGAUGACAUUUUGCCUGAGUCAAACAAAAUAACCCAGCUUUUAACAGAGACUCAAAAAUCUCAGACAAUGGCUACUCCAAGAACUGCAACUGUUGAAAGCAGGAGUUAUAGCUUUGAGAAGGAACUGCUGGAGAGUCAAAUGCACAAAAUGCAGCUGGAGAACUCAACUCUCAAGACUGAGAAUAAACUUCUGAAGGACAAAUACAAUCGUGCUACAGCACGCAUCAGUGAGCUGGAGAGUCAUCUCUCAUCUAUGAGGGAGGAGCUGGGAGGAUUGCAGGACAACCUGGACACAGAAGUCAUCAGAGCAGGACGUCAAGCCCGUGCAGAGGCCGACAGAGAACUGCAGCAUAGCCAAUCAAAGAUGGCCGCUUUGAUGCAUGAAAAUGAGAAGCAUCAGGCAGAGAUCAGAAAUCUGCAGCAGAAGUUGGAAUCAGCGGUCAAAGAAGCAGAGCUGCUGAAAAGAAGCAUUGAUAGUUCAAAGGCUAUAGAAGCUCACAAGCAAGAGACUGGGAUGAUGAAGACAGAAAUUGCAAAGCUACGGGAACUGUUAGCUGCCAGUGAGAAGCAGCUGGAUGAAGAGUGCCAUAAGAGGAUGGAGCUGUCACAGCAAGUUUCCAAACUAACUGAGAUGCGAGAACUAUUUCAGUUGCAGAUGGAUACAGCAGGCUACAUUGGAAGUGCUGCAGAGAAAAAGAUCACAGCCUUGGAGCAGCGGCUUCAUGUAACAGAAGAAAGGUUAACACAGGAAAGAGCUGAUAGAGCCAGCAAUUUGUCACAAGUGGAGGAAAAGCUCCUUUCUGACAAUGCCAAACUCCAGGCCUUGGAGAAGGAGCUUAGACGACAGCUGCAGAGAGAAAAAGACAAGAACCGCAACCUUGAACAUCGAGCACAUGAAUAUCGAGAAGAAAACUUGAAGCUGAGACUUGCAGUGCCAGAUGACGAUGAGAACAUUGCUUCUUACAAAUCCUAUGACAUUCCCAACAAUGCUCAUUCAUCAUCAAGGCAGCAGACCAAACGGGUAGAAGAUAUCAAAUAUAUCUUGAAAGAGUUGGAGAAAGAAGGAGUUGAAGGUGGCGAGGCAGCAGCUUUAGUAGCUCUGUGGAACAGGACCCAGCAACAGCGGCAGGAGAUAAAAGAAUGGCGUGUCUACUUGACAGACUUAACCUUACCCCAGGAUAAUACAAGUGAAGGGCUGAAGAUGUUGCGAGAAAAAUUGAUUGAGUAUGAGAAACAGUUCAGAGAAAUAGAGGAGAAAUUGGGCGAUAUCCAGGCAGAGAAAAUGACUAUUGACAGCACAUAUAAACAACAGUUGUUGUCCCUGGUUAAAGAGCGGCACGAGGCGUCAGCACGUCUGAGAACACUAGAGGAUCUAAUGGAUGCCCUCAGAAGGGAGAAUGAGGUACUGCGGCAGGGACUAGCAUCCUCAGCUCCAACCCAGGGGGAUCCCAAGAUGAUAGUUAGCAGUGGAGCUCAGCUUGAAGCUGUGGUGGCAGAAAACCAGGCAUUGGAACUAAGAGUCUCCCAGCUCAUACGAAACAGCAGAUCGCUGGAAGCUGAGGUGGACACCUUACGGGCACAGGUAUCAGCACGAGACAUAGCCCUGGAAGAAUUGUCCACUGAGCUGAAGACUGCUCAUGCCCAGAAAUCACAGACAGAAGACUCAGCAAUUUUGAAACAGAAGAUUGAGGACCUGAAUGUGGAGAUGGAACAAAUGCAGAGAGAAAUGAGAACAGUGGCACAGCAGGCAGAGAUCGCACAAAAAGAGAAGACACAUUUGCAAGAAGAGCUAGAGGAGAUGGACAAACAGUAUCAGGUGGCCAAGGCUCGGUUGACUAAACACAGAGCACAAAGAGAAGAGGAUAAAGAUCCAAAGGUGGCAGUGCUGGAAUCAGAGCUCGAAGAAAAGGAUACACAGCUCUUGACCCUGACCUCACAGUUGAGGCAGAUGGAAGACAAGCUAGAGACAACUCAACAGCAGCUGACACUACAGAAAGAUGCUAAUUCAUUACUUCAUAUGCAGGUGAAAGAGCUUGAAGCAGUGCUGCAGCAACGCGGAGAGAUGCUGGAAACUUUAGCAGAGAAGAGAUCAGACCUGUUUGAACAGCUAACCCUGGUCAAGUCCCACCUUAAUGCAACUACCCUUGCCUUACAUCAGAAGCAGUCACAGAUUCAAGUGCUGCAGAAAGAACUAGCUCAAGAAAAAGAUCGGGCAACCUCUUUGAGUGAUCAGAUUGCUCAAAUGCAGAAGACGGACCUAGGAAAAGCAGAUCUUGGCCUUCCAGAGUCUGUUCUGGAAGUGAAACUUCAAGAACGGGAAAAUGAGAUAGCUAUACUUAAAGGAAAAUUACAGAACAUUGUACAAGAACUUGCCAGCAAACAGGAUGAGUGUGAUGUAGCCUACCAGGAAACAAUGAAACUUAACGAGGAGAUAGUUGCAGCUAAAGCUUUAACCUGCCGCUUUAAUUCUGAAGAAGCUUUUCUGAGACAAGAAUUAGAGACCGGACUUCAGAACUACGAGUGUCAGACUCAGGAGCUCAGAAAGUGUGAAGAGGAUCUCAUUAAGAUGGAGUUUCGCCUGCAGGAGGUGUUGUGCAGGUUUGAGGCUGAGGCUUGCAGUCAACAGGCUCUCAUAAUCCCACAACAGACUGAACUCACUUCAGAUGAUAUUCCUAAGAUAUACUCAGAGCUCCACAAUCUACGAUUACUUACUGAGGAGAAAUCUAAAGAGAUCAACAUGCUUCAAGACAAAAUCAGUCGACAGCAGUUGCAAUUAUGUAACCAGGAGAAACAUCUUCAAACUCUUCAAAGCAUUCAGACUCACACUAAGGAAGAUGUGAGACAUCUCAGCGAGGCUCUUUCUCUGAAAAUAAAGGAGUAUGCAGUGACUGCAAAUAUUAAUUGUACCCUGGCUAAAGAGCACUCAAGCCUGCAAAAGGAAAACCAGCGGCUGCUGAAAGAAAUUGAUGAAGAAACAGCUUAUAAAGAAAAACACAGAGCAGAAAUAUCAGAGAUAAUCAAGAAGGUUGAGAAACAUGAGACGAAGCAUCUUGAGGCUACUCAGGUCGUGCAGCAAAAAGACUCCCUCAUAGCAGAGCUGGAGGCUGAAAUCAGACAGGUAAAAAGAAGCCUGACCCAAGUGGAAGUGGAAAAUGAACAGUUAAAGACAAAAGUGGAUCUCUUGAAUGAAGACAUUCGUAACCUUGGUAAUGUCAACACCACUUUGGAAAAACGUCUGGAGAUAGAGAGAACAUCACUUUCAGAGGAACGUGCCAAUGCAAGUAAGCGUCGAGAAGACAUGGCUGCUGCUAAUCAAAGGCUUGAAGACCUCAAGCUUGAACAGAAUACUUUACAAGGCAGCCUUGGAGCUGAACGCAGAAAUGCCCAGAAGCUGAAGGAUGAGAUAGAAAAUCAUAAGGAAGAAGAGAAAAAACUUCAGAAACAGAUCAAUACCUGACUUCAGAAAUUGAAACACAGCAUGGACAGUUGUUGGCAGUUCGACAGCAGUUGGAACAGGCUAGACAGGAUAAAGAGGCUGUCUACAGAGAUUACCAAGAAGUGUGCAGACAACUGGGUGAGAAGGAUCACUUGCUGACCGAAUGUCAGCGGAAGGCUGACCGUGAUGUCGAAGCAGCUCAUAUGGAGGUGGCCAGACUAAUGGCUUCUCAUGAACAGGAAAAAGAA